CUGCAAAGAAAAUGUCGAAAAGGAGUUUAAAAUUGCGUGAAAUAUUCGAUACUUUGAUAAUUUUUCGGCGCAGUUUGAUUUUUCAAACCAAAGAGUUCUUUCAAAAUUCCACUUUACAUGGAGUGCGUUAUAUUGCGGAGACUGGACGACCAGUGGGGGAAAAGUUUAUGUGGUUCUGUUUCACUUCGAUUGGAGCAGUGACCGCUUUAGUGAUUAUUAUGAGUUUGUGGGAGAAAUUUCAAACUAAUCCCACAAUUACAGGUUUGGACACUGAUUUCCACAAUCAAAAUGUGGUAUUUCCCACCACCGUAGUUUGCCCCGAAAUAGCAUUUGAUCAUGAGAAGGCCUAUACAGUGGCUUAUAAAAAUAUAGCUAACUAUGAUGAAACCUCUGCUGGUUAUAUGGUGCCAUUUUUGGAACUUUUACCCACACUUUCAUUUGAAACACUGAAUGAAGCCUCUUUAAUUGCCAGUUCGGUGGAAAUGAAUAAUAUUCAUGAGAAAACAUUGCGUCAUUGGGCUUAUAUGACCUUCAUCAAAUGUGAGGACGUUUUAAUUGAGUGCAAGUAUCGCGAUGAACCCAUCAAAUGUUGCAGCCAUUUUGAACCGGUCUACACCGAACAUGGUUUCUGUUUUGCUUUCAACAGUCGUUUCAAGUCCUUAGAAGAUGCAGACCAAAAAACCGGACCACCUCAUGAUUUAUAUGAAACGGAUAAAAAAUGGGCUUUAUUUUUUGUACCCAAUAGCACGGUUAAGAUUUUCAUAUUUUCCAACGAAGAGUAUUUUGGUCAAGAUUUUAAUCCUCAGAUUGAGUGGUCCGAAAAUCAAGUAGUUGAAGUUCGUAUUUCAAAGAAGAAUACCUAUACAACAGAUGAUGCUCGACAGUUGUCAAUUGGACAACGCAAAUGCAUUUUCCAUGAUGAAAUCAAAUUGAAAUACUUUCCCGAAGAAUAUACAUUCUCAUCGUGCAUGAAGGAAUGUCGCAUGAAAAAGGCCAUCAAACUUUGCAAAUGUAAUCCACCUUUCUACAAACCCAUACAAAAUGUACCCAUGUGCGGCAUAGAAGAUUUGGAAUGUUUGAAUUUAUAUAAAAAUAAUAUAACCAACAUUAAGGAUUGUCUGCAAUGCGAAUUAAGCUGUUCGAAAACUGUGUUCAACAUAGAGAAAUUAAUUAAAAACAUUGAACGUCCCGAGGCCCCUGGUGUUUUGGUGGAAUUUCUAACAUGGCCAAUUAUACGCUACAAACGUGAGGUAUUGUUUGGUUGGGUAGAUCUACUGGUAUCCUUUGGUGGCAUAGCCAGUUUAUUCUUGGGUUUCUCACUGCUAUCAGGCGUAGAGAUUAUUUACUACUUCACUUUGAGAGCCUGCUGUAUGGUGUAUAAAAAUCGGCAACAAUUAUAUGAAAUUGAAGAGCGUAUUAAAAAUGAACCACCUCCUCCCAUUAAUAUGACAUUAAAAAUUCAAAGCUAUGCAACGCCCAGGCCAACUGUCAAUGAGGAGAAAUUACCCAUCGCUAGUGAUGCAACGAUUGCAGCGAUAAAUCGUUUUAGUGAUAAUCCUCCGGAAUAUAAUGAGCUGGGUGGCAGGAGACGUAAGGCAGAGAAGGAUUAUACUAACUAUUCAAAGUCUUUGUAUAAGACCCCAAAAGUUUUACCCAGCUAUGAGGACAGUCUUAAUCCUAAAUGGCAGUAUGGUCAAUAUUUACCUUAAGUUUUUAAGAAAACUAAAGUAAUUGAUUAAAAAUAUCAAACAAAUUU